CUAUACAGAGAUGCUGAAUGAGAAACCAAUGAUGAUGAAGAUAUCAGGAAGAGUCACUUGUUGCUGUGUAGCUCUGCUCCUCGCCCUGACCUCUGUGUCAGCUGUACAGAGAGAGCUGAAUUCAAUCAAUGAUUUGAAGAAAAUCAACUUCGGCCAAUCUGUGCCCAAGCACAGUCUUCUGCUGCUCCACUGGUUUGCCAACACAGUUACCAUUGAUGAGAACAAUGUAAUAAAUCUGACCUUUGACCCAAACAGUAGAGCUUAUGGCUCACAUCAUUAUGGCAACGGUGAGAGGCUGCUGGACCCACUGCCUUGGAGAAGUCAUUACAGGUACUACACUAUUGGUAAUCUCGCUCAGGAAACAUUAAAUCCACUUCCACGUUAUGUAGCGCGUCCACGAAGAGAUUUUGCAGGAGAGAACAGGGACAGGAUCAUAGUUCGUGUCAGGGAGGAAAACACAGGAAGGCAAACUUUCUGGUGGGUAGACCACGUGUAUAUCACACAGCAUUUUCAUUAUCAGGGGGAAUAUGAUCCAGCUCAUACCUACAGCAUCACCACUAACCUCCUGAGAGAGAUCAGAGAGUUUUCUGUGGGACCAAACCAACAGCCACUGUCGUAUCUCAGAAACCGCUUUGGAAGCAGCGCUGAUGAUGUCCACAUUGAAAACGCAUGGGAUCAGCUUGCUUGCCUUGGACUGCUGUUGUAUAUUGUGCUUGAGGAAAGGUCCCCCUUUACCCCACAAUCCAACCGCCCAACGUAUGUCAGAAACAGCGCCUUAUACAUACAAAAUGAUUGGUUUACAGCUUUUGCGAACUGCUGCAUGAUCUUUGUUGUUCUUUUAAUUUGUCAUUAUAUUAUGUCCAUAUAAUGUGUUUAAGCAUAAUGCUUCUCACAAAGUCAGCAGGAUUCAAAAGUUGAUUGGGAAGAAGGAAACACGCGUGAACAAUGUCCAGGGGUUCUUCUGUUUUAUGCUUUGUUUUAAAAAUUCUAAUCUGUAUUAUAUAACUUUUUUUGUGAAUGGUGUUAGUUUACAUUUGAGAUAAAGGCUUUGUAUGACAUGCUUAGAUGACAGGUCAAAUACUAUAAAUCCUCGAUCUUUUGAGCUUCAAAGUUACAUUUAUAAAAAAUGACAGGUUCUGAAUAACAGUAGGGCUUCUUCUUCUUUUUGAAAUGUGCAUAUUAGCUUUUGUUGUUUUUUUAAUAAUGCACUGCUUUGCUGCAGGCAUGAAGCUGCAGGCUUCAGUUUUGCUCCAGCAUGUAUAAUUUAAUAGCUAUGACUCACU